AUGUGUGAUUUUGAUGGGCCAGAUGGAUUACGUAGUGGUAAUGCCAUCGUUAGCUGCCACAUGGACGCCGAUAUUAUGAACUCCGCUACUGUCAUGUGUCCACGCCAAGUCGACGGUACUGAAACAAUAUCCAACCAUAGGUUAAUAAUGCGCUACCACACGCCGGAAACCGAACAUUCUAGCCACGAUAGUGGCAUCGAAGGUUUAAAAUUCAUGCGCCUUGGAUUUGACACUUAG